CCUGCCGCCACUCCUCCUCGAGGGGGACUCAUCGCGCGGUUCUACGCCCUCAGGGAUCUCGACGGUUCUCUCCUCGGCACGCCGGGCGCCUUCGCAGUCGCUCCCUUCUCCCCCAUCCUGCCGCCUGCCACUGUGCGCCCCAGCCUGUGCCAGUACCGGGCUGAGAGCGCCGUGUGGCAGUGCCAAUCGGUGUGCUACAGGGCAGUGGGCGUGUUCUACUAUGAGCCGGGGGUGCGACCCAAUGGAUGGAUGGUCUACCUGCUAAAGUGCUCCGGCCUUACAGUGCCAGCCGGUCUGCUACAGGGCAGUGGGCAUGUUUUUAAUACGAGCCAGGCGUGCGACCCAAUGGGAUGGCCGGUGUCGCGCUAUUAA